AUGGCAAGCAAGAAACUCAUCCUCGUCGCUUCGUCUUUCCUCCUCAUUGCAUUGGCCUUCUCACCCUCUGCAAAUGCCCACCCUGCAAAGCCCGAAGUGCAUGUGGUCGUGGAAGGCAUGGUGUACUGCCAGAGCUGUGACUACCGUGGAUGGUCCUUAACCGGAGCUAAACCACUCCCUUUGGCUAAAGUCAGCAUUGUCUGCAAAAACAACAUAGGCCAAGUUGGCUACUACAAGACUUUCCAAGCCAAUGCUAACGGCUAUGUGUACGCUGAGCUAGAAGGCAACAAAAUGAACCGUGCAUUGGACUAUCCCCUUCUGAACUGCAGAGUAAAGUUAGUCUCUUCUCCGCUUCAGAAAUGCAACCUUGCUACUAAUGUCAAUUUCGGCCUAGAUGGCGCCCCUCUUCGUUCCGAGGGCAAGAGUUACACGAGUCCGAAUUACAAGGCUGUUAUAUAUGCUGCAGGGCCCUUCGCUUUCCGUCCUGCUCAUUGUCCUCGCACUACUCACCAUUAA